GAUGCCGGGCUCCUGUCCUGUGGCUGAGAAGCCCGGGGGCAUCCCUGGGCCCCUUUCAGACUGAGGUGGCUCUAUAGUCUCACUGCCUGAGGCCAGUGCCCUGCCACUACCUGCCCUCAGGGCCACUCAGCCUGACUGCCCUGACCAGCUGUGGCUUCCCAUGGUACCCCACUGCUCAUGCCAUGUGUGGGCCCAUCCUGAGAGGGGAAUGGGGACUGGCCAGGGGCCCAGGGAUCACCCCUCCCUUCACCUUUGUUCCCCCAUCCCCCACGUCAGGCUUGCGUGAGAAGCCAAGACCAGGCUGUCCAAAGCUGUCUUUUUGUACUUAACAGUCCUGAGGCCCAUGACCUCCCAGUGGCCCAACUCUGGUCUUGGUUAUGCUCUAAAGUAGAGUCUGUCCCCUCUCCCUGUCAUCCCCCACCCAUCACCCACUGGACUGUCUUUCCGAAACUCCAGGCAGCCUUGCCUCCUGCCCUAACUCCUGGAGAUGAGCCGUUCCUGGGGAGGACUCCCUGCAUCUUUGCAGCCUAGGAGCCUCUGAGGCAGAAGGAAGAGGGAGGAACUGAGAGGAGGGAACUGUGAACUAGACACCUAGAGAAGAGGAUGUGACUUUUAGUCUCCUACAGCUAAAUUAGGAAUACGAAUCUGGUUUUUCCACAAAAGAACUUGACAUUACAGCUAACUAUGUUCCUGUUGCCUCCUGCAAACCCGAUUCCAUCCCCUGGCCUCCCUGGCUGUAUUACCAGCCCUCCCACCCUCCUGAUCACAGGAGUCACAAACCUCAGACACAGCUCUUGUGCACACUUGAUUAUAUGCGUGCACUGGAUCACCUGGCCCUGAUCUUUCUGCCUCCACGGACGAUUGCAUAACCCUGAGAGCAAGCACCUCCUUAGCUUUCGCAGCUUAUGUACCUCACGUGACUCACACCCUGGUCCUAGUCCUGCCACAGCCUAGCUCCAUUUGCCCCAUCAGUGACCACGUGAACAUAUUUAAAUAGCCUCUGUUGCUGCUAGAGCUGUGCUGAGCCACUCUGCCUCUUCUCCAGGAAGAGCCCUCCCCUCCUUUUAGGACCAGCUCUCUGGACCUUGUGUUCCAAGCCGGGCUUGGCUGUGAGUUCCUGCAGGCAAGGGGGGAACCUGGGAGUUAACAGGGAGGUCCUGGUCACUGUGAACUUCGGCUCAAGAAGAGGUGUUCCUUGGCUCAGUGCCUGCUCUGACCUGUUAGAAUAAAAGCGAAAGUAAAAUAGAGGACGGGGACAGUACUUUCCCAGAAGGAUUUCACCGCAUCUCGUCCUUCCCAGAACCUGCUCUGGCAGUGCAGAGAGCAUUGUCUCCCUAUGUGACUAGGAAUUACCGAUUAGGACAGCUGGACAGGACAGAGUAAACAGCAGUGCCUGGAAGCCCCCUGCAAGUUCCGACCUGUGGAGGGGCUGGGAGUUUACAAGAAGGAAAGCCAGCUACUGGGAAAACGUGGGAGUGCUUUACCAUUCUCCACCCCGCCUCUCCCCAGAGAAGAGGAUGUUGUCAUGGAUAAAUAGAGCCAGGCUCACCAGUUCCUGACACAGGCAUCAUGACCAUGAGACAGAGCUGGACACCAGACCCCAGUCCUUUGUGGGUCCUGCUCCUGUGUGCCUGUGUCGUCACUCUCCUGGUCAGAGCCACACCUGUACCUCAGACCAGCACAGCUGCCACUGCCUCAGUUGGAAGCAUAAAGGAGCCCUGCCCCUCCCGGCCCCCAGUGCUCUCAGCAGCUAAGCGGUGCCCCGCAUUGGAGGUGACCUGGCCAGGCGUGGAAGUGCCACUGAAUGGAACGCUGACCUUGUCCUGUACUGCCUGUAGCCGCUUCCCGCAUUUCAGCAUCCUCUACUGGCUUGGCAAUGGUUCCUUCAUUGAGCACCUCUCAGGCCGGCUGCGAGAGGGCAGCACCAGGCGGGAGCGUGACAGCACGAGCACGAGGCUGUGGAAGGCCUUGGUGCUGGAGGAGCUGAGCCCUGCCCUGCGCAGCACCAACUUCUCCUGCGUGUUUGUGGACCCUGACCAGGUUGCCCAGCGUCACAUCGUCCUGGCCCAGCUCUGGGCUGGGCUGAGGACAAUCUUGCCCCCCACUCAAGAAGCCCUGCCCUCCGGCCACAGCACAGGGCCAGCGACAGGCCGACCCUGACCAGCACCUGGGUGCUCCCUGCCCGGAGGGUGAACAGAUCCUGGCAGCUCGUCCCCACUCCAGCCCCGCCCUCCUCCUCUGCUUUGGUUCCCUCUUCUCACCAAACUCCCCGUCUGCCUAGAAAAUCGUGAUAACCUCCUCAGGGCUUCCUCCUGCCUGCCAUUCUUUCCACUCACCCAUUAACUUUUCUAACUUCCUACCUACUCCUCACACUCUGCUGCUCAGAAACCACCAAGACCUUCAGUGCCUUAGCCUCACACUCGGGGCCGCAGCUACGUUUCCAACAUGACUUUCCAGCGGCCCGCAAGGAUUCUCGCUUGCUCCCAGACAACUCCUAUGCCUCUGUUCAUUUCAUCCCCUCUUUGUCACCAUCUCAAAACAGGUGAACGCUGAAGCCUGGUUGAAACACCACCCUCUUUCAGCAUUGGCCGCAUGCUGCAUUUACCUCGUGUUGUUUAUGGUUUUUUUUUUCCCCCCUUCACUUAAAUGCACUGUCCCCAGGGAAGGGAUGGGGGCAGUGGCUGUUUCUGAUCCACAACUGUAUCUGUGGGUCUUCAUAAAGGAUUGUUCAAUGA